AUGCCACUUUCAGCUUUCAAUCACACAAUUAACUCACAGAUAAUAUUCCUUUCGGCUUAUUUAGUGGGACAUGCCAUGCGAAUAGGUGGAGGCGAGGUCUAUCUCUACUCCUACAGAAACCCUAGACACUCUUUUCACACUGACGAUCUCUCAUACAUCAUGGGUGUGCAUACGUUCAAGCCAGAUGCGAACGAGAAAGUGCUCGCAGUGAUCUACCCCAAACUCUUCAUCGAUUUUAUUAAGUCAGGAAAACCACGCCGAGAUUGGACACCUCUUCAGAAGGAACUCGACAAUUACAUGUAUAUCGAUGUGGAUUUGGACAAUGGAACACUGCCCUACAUGGCUAAUGGUUACGAGAAAGAAGUGAUUGAUUACUGGAAGACGAUGAAGGAGUUUGAUAACAAUCUCACUAGGCUUAAGAAAAGC